AUGACAGUUGAUGGAUAUUUAAGAUGUGACAAGUGGAUGCGGAAUGACAUUGUUGAUACUCGAGAGUCGAAAAUAUUCUCAUGGUUUGAUCGAUUCAUUGGACGUGCAAAGAAACCAGAGGUGACAUGGCCUUUCCCGUUUGUGGAGGGUAGGAUGUUUAUUCUGACUAUUCGUGCUGGUAUUGAUGGCUACCAUAUCAAUGUAGGUGGCCGGCACGUGACGUCAUUUCCUUAUCGAACUGGCUUUACACUGGAAAAUGCUACAGGGUUGGCAAUCAGAGGUGAUGUAGAUAUAAAUUCGGUUUAUGCUACAUCUCUACCAACCUCUCAUCCAAGUUUUUCUCCCCAAAGAGUGUUGGACUUCUCAGAGAAGUGGAAAUCUCUUCCUUUGCCCCAGAAUCGCAUUCAAAUUUUUAUUGGGGUGCUUUCUGCCACCAAUCACUUUGCUGAGCGUAUGGCAAUCAGGAAAACGUGGAUGCAGGCUUCAGCAAUUAAAACCUCAGAUAUAGCAGUCCGCUUCUUUGUUGCAUUGAAUCCACGAAAGGAGUUGAAUGCUAUAUUGAAAAAGGAAGCAGAUUACUUUGGGGACAUUGUUAUUGUCCCCUUUAUCGACAGAUAUGAGCUAGUGGUCCUAAAAACUAUUGCCAUCUGCGAGUAUGAGGUUCAGAAUGUUACAGCUACAUAUAUCAUGAAAUGUGACGACGAUAAUUUCGUGAGGAUAGAUGCAGUCCUU